AUGAUGAUGUUUGGAUGCAUGGCUGCUAUAAUGCGCGUCCUUUGUCAGAUAAGUGACCAAAGACACCUGAAAGAUUCAAAUAAAAAGGAACUGGAUAAAGAUGCCAAAGGGUCAGAGGUCAGGGGUCAAAGAGAGGCCCGGGCUCCUCAAUUCGAUAUCCGUCCAGAAAAGCCGUACGAGGAACGUUCCCGAACUCCUAUGCCGCGUCAGCGAAAUGAUGUUGUACCAGAGUACUCGACUCUACACGACAUAACCACCCCGCACCUUCUCUGUCUUCAACACUACGUCAUCGUAGGACCUGAAUACUUCACUAUGGCAUCCACUCUCAAGGAUAGGGCCGCCAACCAUGCUGCUGCUUCUGCGGAAAAUGGCACUGAGCCCGAAGCUCCUCCCGACCUCCUGCACCAGCCGUACGUCCGCGCCGUCCUGCCCUUCAUCAACGGCGGACUGUCCGGUAUGACCGCCACCGCCGUGAUUCAGCCCGUCGAUAUGGUCAAAGUGCGCCUGCAGCUCGCUGGCGAAGGAGCCCGCACUGGUCCUCGCCCAUCCGCCCUCGGCAUCACUCGCGAAAUCAUUGCCUCCGGGAGAGUCCUCGAUCUCUAUACUGGUUUGUCCGCCGGUAUCCUCCGCCAAGCCGUCUACACUACUGCACGCCUGGGAUUCUUCGAAACAUUUAUCAAGAAGCUCAAUGCCCGCGCCAAAGCCGCAGACCGGAACGUAACCUUCGUCGAGCGUGCUGCGGCAGGACUGACGGCCGGUGGAGUUGCAGCCAUGAUUGGAAACCCGGCCGACCUGUCCCUCGUGCGCAUGCAGUCCGACGGUCUCAAGGCCCCCGAGGCUCGUGCUAACUACCGUUCCGUCUUUGAUGCCCUCGCUCGUAUCACCCGCACCGAAGGAAUCGGUGCUUUGUGGGCUGGUGCUUCUCCUACGGUUGUCCGUGCUAUGGCCCUCAACAUGGGACAAUUGACUUUCUUCGCCGAGGCUAAGCAGCAGCUUAAGCAGCAUACUUCCCUCUCUGCUCAGAAUCAAACUUUUGCUGCUUCCGGAAUUGCUGGCUUCUUUGCUAGUUUCUUGUCUCUGCCUUUCGAUUUCAUCAAGACCCGUCUCCAGAAGCAACAGAAGGACCCCAAGACUGGCUUGGUUCCUUACAAGGGCAUGGUGGAUUGUGCGCGCAAGGUUGCCAAGGAAGAGGGUUGGUUGCGUUUCUACCGUGGCUUCGGAACAUACUAUAUCCGGAUUGCUCCUCAUGCAAUGGUUACCCUCAUCGUGGCUGAUUAUCUCAACCUCCUCACCAAGUAA